UCCAUUUCCAAGGUACAUAGUUCGCCACGUGUCAGCCUCUCACUCGUUACCACUUCCCACUUCCCCCAUCUCCAUGGCGAUAUAGAACACCCCCAACCAAUAGAACAAUCUCGUUCCACAGCUCACAGAGAGAAAGAAAGAGAAUAAUGGCGAGAGAGCUGGAAGAGAGGAGUGGGUACUGGGGGCUGACGGCGAGGCCGUGUGACACCUGCCGGACGGUGCCGGCGGUGCUCUACUGCAGAGCCGACAAGGCUUUCCUAUGCACCGCGUGCGACACGCGAGUGCACGGGGCGAACACGGUGGCAUCGCGCCAUGAGCGGGUGUGGGUCUGCGAGGUGUGCGAGCAAGCGCCGGCCAGCGUGACCUGCAAGGCCGAUGCCGCCACGCUCUGCAUCACCUGUGACGCCGACAUCCACUCCAAUAACCAGCUCUCCCGUCGACACGAGCGCCAGCCUCUCCUCCCUUUCUAUGAAACCCCCUCCAAACCCACCCCUCCCUUAGCCGAUGACCCUUCCUGGCUUUUCUCCACCCCCAAAUCCCCAGAUCUAAAAUCAAGCGAGUUCUACUUUCAGGAUUCGGAUCCUUACCUCGAUCUCGACUUCGCUGGCUCGAUCCAUCAGACGGACAGCAUCGUGCCGGCGCCUGCGCCGGCUCCGAUCAACCUCUCCUUCAGCACCUACACCGAUAGCCAAAGCGGCGAGGCCGGGGUAGUGCCGGAGGCGGUGACGGAGGUGAGCGGCGGUGGAGACGGUGGCCGUGGUUUGGUGGCAAAGAUGGAGAGAGAGGCGAGAGUGAUGAGGUAUCGUGAGAAGCGGAAGUCUAGAAGGUUCGAGAAGACGAUACGGUAUGCUUCUAGAAAGGCUUACGCUGAGACCCGGCCCAGGAUCAAGGGCCGGUUCGCCAAACGAACCGAUGUGGCUGAACCGGUUCCCGAUCCGGUUUAUUUCUUCGACCCAAGUUACGGCGUCGUCCCUUCCUUCUGAGCCGUCCGAUCUCUGAUCUACGACGCUCUUGAUUCCACCGCCUUUGGCGGGAGGGGUUUAUUUCUUAUCGUUCUCAACCGUCCGAUCUGUGAUCUACGGUUGUCAUUUACGGUUCCUUUUUUUUGGUGAGUGUUUUUUGAGGGAAAGGAACCGGAAACGUGUGGGAAACGGGAAUGGGGAAACGGAAAUCAGGAAAGUGCUGCUAAAGAAAAUCUCUUUUAUAUUUGACAAAAAUGUGGGGUUUUUUUUGAAAAAUAAUUUUUGAGGGUAUGUAUGUGUGAGGAAGAGGAAGUUGAAUGCCAUGGAUUAUGUAAUGUUUUUUUUUCCAAAAAAAAUAAUAACCAUGAAUCUCAAUUAGUUUACAAGCUAAGCAAUUGAAUUCACUGUAAUACAUGGAUAUAUAACUGAUAACAAAAUCUUAUAUUCCAUGAAUAA